UGUUUUUCUCUUAUAACAAAAAAAACUAUUUGAUAAUCCUAAUUUACUGUCGGAUCCUUAAUAGUGAAUAUAUUAUUUUAUUGACAUCGCAAUGUUUAUUAUCGUUAGAUUUUAAGUUUUAACGUAGUUAUUUUUGUAAUGAACAAAUAAAAGCAAUUUUUAAAACUUGUAUAGGAGUUAUGGUGUUUGUUGUCGAAUAUUGAAACACUUAUUUAAUCUUAGAAAUGAGCAACAAAUACAGCUUUCAAAGACCUGAAAUGGAGACACCUCUUCAAAGUUCUCAUUACAAUCCGUCUAGGGAAACACUUGGUCGUUAUUCAGAAUAUUCAUUACAUUCCAGUUAUAAAAUAAGAGCUGGUGAUGCUGCAUCAAAUGAUUCAGUGGCGUGUACAAUGAGAAUUCCAUAUGCUACUCUGAUAGCUGCUCUCUUAUGCUGUACUGGUAUUGGUGUGUUUUGUGGUACUAUGUACCGUGGGGCUACAUUAAGUGCAUUGGUAUUGGAUCAAGUAUUUCAUUUAUAUAUUGGCUGGUUGGAAACUGUAAAAACUAUUUUAGUUUUAAUAGCUGCCGGAAUGGGUGCUUUAACGCUAAUGGUAAUAUUUGUUGGAUUUCUUGCUACAGGCGCUACUCGUCGCCGUGUAUAUAAAGCAUGGCGUAAUAGAGUGGGUGGUCGUAUAUCUUGUGCAGUUUUUAUGGGCAUUAUUUACAUAUUACAAUUUUUUUGGAUAUUUGUGUUUGGGUUCCUUAUUGUAACAACAUUUAUUAUGACUGUGUUUUGGCAAAUGUGUGCAAGUUCUCCAGUUCAAGAUCAACAUCAGUGUAUUGAUUUAAAACAGUUUUAUUUUAUGUUUCCACAAUCAACUCGUAUCGACUAUUUAAAAAUAUGUGAACCUAGAGAGAUUAAGUUUUUUUGUAGAGAUUUUGUAGAAAAAGCUGAAUUUAUGUUUAUAAUGGGUACUCUUGGAGUUGUAUUGAUACUGAUAAGUUUGGUUCAUUACCUGAUGUGCCUUUCGGCUAACUACGCUCACAUCAGGGAUCACGAGAAGUUUGAAGAGCUUCAAGAAUUACAAUUGUUGCAAGACACUGAUUUUGCUGCAUCAAAAGAAAGGUUUUAAUAAGAGUGACUAAACUUUAAAAAAUCAUAAAAGUUUUGUCAUAAUCUUAGGAAUAAAAAUAUUAAGUAUUGUUAAACCAAUACUGUCCAAAAAUGUAAUGACUCACGCUUGAUAAAUGUAAAUUAAGGAAGCACCAGGGUAACUAAACUUUGUAUUUGCGUUGGAAUUUAUUUCAUAAUAGUUAUUAUUUAUUAUUGUUAGAUUUUUAUAUAAUGUCUAACCUAUAAAUUAUUGAAUAAUUGAAUUAAACCUUAACAUAUUCGACUACCUUAUAAUGAUAUAAAAGAAGGCAAAGACAUUUUUUUAAUGAUAGUAUCUUUAUAAAUUAUUUUAAAAAUGAAGUAGUACAUACUUAUCAAAGUAUUGAUUCUAGCUUUUUAAUUACUUUUUUAAUUUUUAAUUUAAUAUAUACUUAUUUAUUAUAACUAAGGUAAAAAAACAUUGAUUUGUUAGCAAAAAAAAAAUCAACAAGAAUUUAUGUGUUACUUUACUUUAUUAAUAGGCUUGUUUUCAAGGUAUAAAUAUUUAUAACUGUUCGUAAGGUUUUUCAUUGUAUUUGCUGGAUCCCAACCUGUUUUUAUGAUAACUAACAAUACAAUUUUUAGUUUGCACUUUGAAGCUUUAGGUCUGUAAACAUAGUAAAGAAACAUUCAAAGAUACUAACAAGCCGUUUUAUAUAAAACUAAGCUCUAAAAUAUUGAUUCUAAACAAUAUUACUGUUAGAGAAUGUUAACAAAUUUUUACAUCUCGAAAACCCAUGUAUAAUUGUUGAACAAUGUUUACACAAGUUAAGUUCUAAUCUUAUUUUACUUAUUAAUUAUUAUGACUUUUACCAUAGAUCAAAUAUACAUAGAUAGUAGUGCACAGGCAUAUAAAAUACGGAAACUGUUUAGAAAAAGAAAUGGAUGCAAUAAAUACACAGGUAUUAUAGGAUUGCAUUCAAAGUUGUGUUACCAAAAAUGUAUACACUUCAGUACAAAUAUUUUUGUAUACUUAAAUGUUGCAUUUGUAAAUUAGUUGAUGUCAUCCAUCUCUUCUUUCUAUUACAUUACUUUCUCUUUACCCUCUCCUCAAUAACAAAUUAGGUAUAGAGUAAAGAUGGAUAUAUUUAUAUUCACUUCAGCUGUGUGUAACGACAGAUUUUUUUAAUUUCUGCAUGGAAACAAUUAAGUGUAUAAACAUUUUAUUGUGGCAGUAUAUAGUGUGAUCUAUCUAUAUGUGUUAAAUCUAUGGUCUUCAAUUAUUGACUAUAUUUUAGUACAUAAGCACUUAUAAAUAAAAAAGUUUUAUAAAAAACUGUUUACACAAAGACUACUGAUAAACUUGAUAUUUAGAUUUUAUAAAAGUUAAAAGUAUACAUGAAAAUGUAUUACCUGAUUGAUUAUUAUUUGUUUGAAUUUUAUGUAUUAAUUAUUAUAAGCUGUUUAAAAAUAUU